AUGUCUGAAUCCACUUCUCCCCUUGACACCAGUGCAGCCAUCCGGCCGACCCGCACCCCCUUCGCAGGCCGUUCCGUGCGCGUUGAACCCCUAGCCGAGCAGCAUGUAGACGAUCUAUACCACCACAUUGGCCAGCCCGAACACACCUCGCUUUGGGACUACCUCCCCUUCGGGCCAUUUGCGGACAAGCCCACUUUUACUCAGUUCCUCGACACGCUAAUCACCCAUGCCGACAGCGUCUUCUACGCGGUGGUCGACCUAACCCGCAACCAAGCCGUCGGCCUGCUCAACUUCAUGCGCAUUGACCUGCCCAACCGCGUCGUGGAGAUCGGGUCGGUGGUCUUCUCCCCCCUGCUGCAGCGCACGACGGCCGCGACGGAGGCGUUGUACUUGCUCGCACGGGCGGCGUUUGAGCAGUUCCACUUUCGACGGCUGGAGUGGAAGUGCAAUGACCUGAAUGCGGCGUCGAAGCGGGCGGCGGUGCGGUUGGGCUUCACGGCCGAGGGGGUCUUUCGACAGCAUCUGAUUGUCAAGGGGAAAAACCGCGAUACCGCUUGGUUCUCGAUUCUGGAUGGCGAGUGGCCCGCGAUAAAGGGGGGCUUUGUGAAGUGGUUAGACCCGAGCAAUUUCGAUGGGGAGGGCCUUCAGCGGGCGAGGUUGGAGGCUUUGCGCGGAUUGUAG